GUGCGGUUGGACACAAGUUUGCCUGGGAGUGUUUUCCUUUUGUCAAUAAUUAAUCACCGGAAUCAGUCUGGCAGAAUUGGAGUUUUAGCAAUAGUGCAGAGGGCGGGGCCGAACACCUAACUCUUGGAGCCUCGAGGUGCCCAGCGCAGUGGGAAGCUCGCAGCAGUUGGGGAGGAGCCAAAGCAUUGGUGCUCACCUAAGCCGCAGGAGAUACACCCAACUGGGAGAUGAAGAAGCUGCAACCCAGAGAGGAGAAGUAACACACACAGAAUCAUUCCUCAGGAAAGCAAGGACAAGAACCCAGACCUGGACCCUACUAGGCAGGACAGACUUUCUGCAGCUUGAAGGAGCCAGCCAUGGAUUUCAAACGUGUGAAGGACUAUUUCUCCUGGCUGUACUAUCAAUACCAAAUCAUUAGCUGCUGUGCUGUCUUGGAGCCCUGGGAGCGAUCCAUGUUCAAUACCAUCUUACUAACCAUUUUUGCUAUGGUGGUAUACACCGCCUAUGUUUUUAUCCCAAUCCACAUUCGCCUGGCUUGGGAAUUUUUCUCCAAAAUGUGUGGCUAUCACAGUACAAUUUCUAAUUGAUCUUGUUUGUAUCCUGUGAACUGGCAUUACAUAUGUGUACGUUGCUUACAAUGUAUUAAUUUAGGUGAAUACCGUAGCUUCUUUCACUAUCUCACCUGAAAAGCUCUCUCCUCUCUAUGCACUCUUAUAUCCUGCCUGAAAUUUGAGAUAGAUGUCUCUUUAGGUUCUUUUGUACAUGCUACAUUGUGCAUCAGACCAUAGAUAACACAAUGACCUUACCUCACAUACCAUAUUCUCUCAACUUAAAUCUAUGACUUUAGAUUUUGUUUUUAAUUGGGAAAUUUCAUAUAAACUUUUUCUGGGAAGUAGGCUCAUAAGAGACCUAUCAGAAUCAUAUUUAAAAUGCUCUCUUGAUACCUAUUCUAUAGUGAAGGAUAUAUUUUUAAAAAAUUUGUUCAUACACUACUGUCAAAAGUAUCCUAUCCUUGUUUACAAUAUACAAAAGGAUCUGAAUAAAUUAUAUAG